AGCAACGUCACCGAGGCCUCCCCUUUUACUCCUUCCGACGCCGCUAUCGAGGAAGUUGCCAAGCGUUUCAUCGUCGGCGUAGACAACCGUCACCUUUGGACCGACCCCAACUACCCUUUUCACUCCGUCGGAAAACUCCAGUGGUCUAACGGCGUCUUCUGUUCGGCUGCCUUGAUCGGCCCUCGCCACAUUCUCUCUGCUAAGCACUGCAAUCCCGACCCCCCUAUCCCGGGAUCCUUUUACCCCGGCUUCGACAAUGGUGCUCGCUUCGGCUCUGCCCAGAUUACCAACGGUCUCUUCACCUACGGUCAAGAGCCCUUCUCCCCUUGCGAAACCAAGGGUGACUGGGUAGUCUAUGCCCUCGACCAGCGUCUCGGUGACCAACUCGGGUAUUUCGGCGCGAAGGUCCCUGACCGCAGCAUGUUCGACAAGCCUCAGUUUUUCCACAUGGGCUACCCCGGUGACAAGGACGGUGGCAACCGCCCAUAUCGUCAGACCGACAUCACGGUUCACUCCAAGAGAACUUUUGACUGCGACUCCACCGGUCCCUUUUACACCGACACCGAUACCAUGGGGGGGCAGUCCGGUGGCCCUCACUGGGAGCUUGACGGCAAUGGAAACCGAUGGAUCUGGGGUGCUCUCUCCAUCAGUGUCACGAGCUCCGCUGAAACUUAUGCUGGCUGGGCUUCUGGAAGUUCUAUGAUAGACGGCAUUCUCAAGAUGCGGGCUGACUUCCCUUAG